CACUGCCCACCAAUUCACUGCUCGCCGUCGCCACGCCUUUGCCGACCUCACCCGCCUCGACCACCUCGCCUAGCUCGUCCCGAGACCCGCUAUCUUGUUUAUCGCACCCCUCAACUUCGAGAAAUCCGACCCGCUUUCGAGUACCUGUCGCGUUCAGCUUCGUCCGAUCAGGCUUCGACCUUGGCAGCCGCGACUCCACAACGCCGCCUCCGAUGCGAAAAGACGCGCCGUGUUGCCCGAACUCGAUCGCUUCCGACCGCCAGCGCCGCCAGUGCCGCCGGCCCGCCCCCGCGGACCUCGAGCGCCGCGUUGCACGUCGCCGUCAUUAGGUGGCAACCAUCCACAAGGGCGUCACACCGCGGCUCGCCCUCCCAAUGGAUUCCUACCGGGAAUCGCAGCAGCCUACCCAGGCUACGCAGACCGUUGUCGACGCCGAGCGGUUAGGCCAGCAGCCCUCUGGCUUCUCAGAUGAAGACAUUUCGGACAUAAUAUGCCUUCUCUUGCCCUACUCCGAACCCGCGCGCCAGGAGGUGAGGCGGAUCGCCGCCGAGACGCCGCAGCAUAUGGUGGGGAGGGAAGAGGUGGACGAUCUCAAGGUGGAUUACUCGAGGGAGGACGACUCACGACACUUUGCUGGGGUCCAAUCCGACGUGGGGGAGCACCACAUAGCCCUGCGGUUUUCGUCACAGGUCAAGGACCCCUCGCUUGGGUUCACGUUCGGGAGGAACCCUAAUUGUUGUGAUAUCUGCCUUCGAAACGACCCCCACCGACGACUGAGCAAAAUACACUUCCGCAUCUAUCUAAACGAAUGGGCGGUGCUGAUGUUGGAGGACAAAUCAACAAACGGGACCGUAGUCGACGAGACUCUGCUAAAGAAGAGAGACGGGUCACGAGCCGAAACCAUGAGGACGUUGGAGAGCGGGUCCAAAGUCAAGAUCCUCAUGCAUGAACCGGGUCGAGACAUCACCUUCUUGGUCCGAAUUCCGAUCCGUGAUGGUCCUUGCGAAGAAGCUUAUAAGCGCAACCUGGAUGCGUACCUAGCAAACCAGGCACAACUCGCUUAUGACGCGAACGAAACCAUCGUACCUGGGCCAGGCGGGCACGUUGACAUCUUCAAGCCCCCCGUCACAAGACAGCCUCCCGCGUCAAAUCGUAACGGAAACGGCGCUGUUACCGCGCUUCGCGCCCAAGUAAAUGGAAAGCAAGGGAAACGCGCCCGCGCGGAAGGAAUCCCGAGGCCAUGGAACGGCUCGAACAAGUACAACCGCAUUUGCGAGAUUGGCCGGGGCGCCUUCGCGACGGUGCACAAAGUAACACUCAGACUUACCGGCCAGCCUUACGCAGCGAAGGAGCUGGAUAAACGGAAAUUCAUGAAGAACGGCGUUUUGGAUCAAAAGGUGGAAAACGAGAUGAAUAUCAUGCGAAAAAUCAAGCAUCAAAACAUCGUUGAGUACAUUGAACAUCUCGACUGGGAUGACAGGCUCCUAAUCAUCGUCAUGGAAUUCGUUGGCGGGGGCGAUCUCGGCAGACUAAUCGCCGACAACGGCCCAUUAUCAGAAACCGCCACGAAGACCAUGGCGAGACAGCUGUUAGACGCGCUCGGGUAUCUACACGACAUGAACAUCACCCACCGGGACGUGAAGCCCGACAAUAUCCUCGUCGACUCCCUUGACCCGUUCGUGGUGAAACUCACGGAUUUUGGGCUAUCCAAGAUGGUCGACAACGAACAGACGUUUCUCCGGACCUUUUGCGGAACGCUUCUCUACUGUGCGCCCGAGGUCUACUCCGAGUAUGCCGAGUAUGACAACCACGGCCGCCGCCACCCGCGCAACCGCCGACUCCGUCCCACAACAGGACAGAGAUACGACCACGCUGUUGAUAUCUGGUCGCUGGGCGGCGUUCUCUUCUAUGCCCUGACAAAGAAGCCGCCAUUCCCAGCCAAGAACGGGGCUAGUCAUUCCGAACUUCUCCACCAGAUCAUGACCAAGCCGCUAGACAUCUCACCACUCCUCGAAGCGGAUAUCUCGGAGGAAGGGAUAGACUUCUUACGUCGCAUGCUCGACCGGAGGCCAGAAACCAGGGCUACGGUGGAAUCACUUCAGAACCACGUAUGGAUUUCCGGCUCCUUUACGACCGUCGCACAAUCAUUCGAGGAGAUUGUAGAGGAACAACUGCACGUCAAUGCUUCUCAGUUGAGCCUCGAUGACACAGAAAGGAACCCGGAGGAGUGUCGAGAACUUCGUGUCCCGAGUGACGAUGAGAUUUCAGACGACGAAGACGUGGACUUUGAUGCGAACCGCCUGCUCGGCUACGAAUCCGAAAAAGAGAACUACACAUUCGGCCCGGAUAACCACCCGCAGCGGCUUUUCGGCGAAGUUAACCCCUCUGCGGUCAGGAGCUCUGGUGCCGUUACACCAAAUCGGCUGAACCUACCAUUAUCGCCAGGGAGCUUUGAGUCAACCGGCACCACAGAAAUUCUCGGCAACGAGACAGAGAUUAAAGACAGCUUCGAGUCGGAAGCCAGCCUGACCCCUCGUCAAAAGUCGCAGAAGUCGCAGCCCAUGUCGGGAGGUCUGCGAGCCUCGAUUGCUUCCGCUGGCCAGAGCCAUUCGGUCGAUGAGCUCAACAAUAUGACUUUUGACGUGGCGUCACAAAGUCUCGGGGGCGCCGAAUCGAUUCUCGAAAACCUGAAUAUGAAGUCGGGCGCCGGCUCGCUUCUCCGUUCUUAUACAACUGGCGAUCUGAACACGAGCAAGAGAAAGCCUUCGUUCGACACUAGCGAGGAAGACGACAUGCCUUCCGGGGAGGAUAGGCGCGGCCUCAAGAGGAUCCGCUCUGAUGCCUCGGCGAAGCUCUCAGUCAACAGGGUGGUUGAGGAUGGCGAGUAUGAACUCCUCGCCCAGAUGCCGUCCAUUCUUCGAGCACAGUCCGGACGGCAAAUCGACAACCCGGUCCACAAAUCUACCUACUGGUCAGCUCAAGACAGGAGGACAUGGCACCUCGGCUAUCCAGAAAUGACCCAGUUGCAGCUUGAUGCGUUCAAGAUGGCCGCCUCGGCAAGGGACGAGGAAUUUGGUCCAGGAAAAACACCAUUGUGGGAUUUAGCCAUGAAAUACUUCCCGGCGGUCAAUUGUGAGCGUCGCGGCAGUUCUCCCAAGGACCCCCGAAACGGUGUUGAAUACGGCGUCAUCCCUUCCACGGCUGGUCCGGACGCGACCGUUCCAGCUACACCCCCGACGAUGGAUGACCCCGGGCCGAUGCUCAUCAUGCCCAUGCAGUCCGAUCCAGGGAGGCCAGUCGUUGCGUGCCUCCAAUCAGCACCGGGAUCCGCCCUCAGCGGAAUUUCCAUCAUGGUUACCGAGUCCAUGGUCUCGUGGGGACGGGCAUUGGAGAACACCCGAUCCUAUGCUAUGAAGGAAGACGUCAGGGUCCCCAAGUUUGCUUUCCGAAUCCUGCUGUGGAAGGAACACUACGACCCGGCCAAGAACUUCCGGCCAUGGAACCGCGCCUCGGAGCCCGACGAGGAUUCCUUCCGCUUCUACAUCUCGACCAAGGCAACCAUGGGCAUCUAUGUCAACGGCGUCCGCCUGCCCUCGGACAACCCCAAGAAGCCCGACAGCCCCUCCACUUACUGGAUGGCUCUCCACGACGGCGACCGCGUGUCGGUGUGGCAGACCCCCGACAAGUCCGUCAAGGCCGAGUUCGUCUUCCGCUGCGGGUGGGGCGGCAGCGCCAGCCCGCGCGCGAGCAUUGGGGCGCCGCGGCGGCCCGACUUUGCGCCGGCGGCCGUGGCCGGCAAGCUGGACGAGGUGUGCGUCAAGACGGAGCGCAAGAUGCGCGGGCUGAGCGAGCACGACCUCAAGAUGGAGGAGGCCAACCACGACGUGGACGAGCGCAUGCGCGGCGGCGGCGGCGGCGUCAACCGCGAGCGGCAGCGCUCCCGCGACUUCGAGCUCCGCCGCCUCGAGGCCUGCCGCGCCCUCGGCAUCCGCAGGGUCAGCCCCGCCCCGGGCGUCACCCUCGGCGAGGAGUCGGCCACCCAGACGCCCUGGAGCUCCUACGUGCCCGGCACCCGCACCGUGCCCACUUUUCGCCAUGCUUCGCCUAGCACGCUGGAGCUGUUGAGGGCGGCGAGGAGGGGGUAGGCGGUGGUGUGUCUUGUACUCGUUUUGUUUCGGGCCGGCAAUAUCUUUAUGAGUCGUUUCCAUGUACUGCAUGUAUCGCCACACAUCUUCCUCGCGUUUUCUUCCCAUCGUUAU